GAUGCGCUGACCUGGCUGGAGGCUGCGCUGGCCACUCUCCUGACCUUGGGGCUCCUGCUCGCCUCGGCCCGGCACCUGUGGGCGCUGCGCUGGAACCUGAGCCGGGAUCGCGGCAGCGCCCUGCCCCUGCCCAAAGGCUCCAUGGGGUGGCCCUUCUUCGGCGAGACGCUGCACUGGCUGGUCCAGGGUUCCAGCUUUCACAGUUCCCGGCGCCAGAAAUACGGGACGGUGUUCAAGACCCACCUGCUGGGAAAGCCGGUGAUCCGGGUGAGCGGCGCAGAGAACGUGCGCAAGCUGCUGCUGGGCGAGCACAGCCUCGUGAGUGCGCAGUGGCCCCUCAGCACCCAGAUCCUGCUGGGCUCGCACACGCUGCUCAACGCCAGCGCCGAGACCCACCGGCAGCGGAGGAAGAUCUUGGCUCGCGUCUUCAGCCGGGCCGCCUUGGAGACCUACCUGCCGGGGAUCCAGAAAGUCAUGGCCCGGGAGCUGCGGGCUUGGUGCCAGGAGCCCGGGCCCAUCGCGGUCUACCCUUCGGCCAAGACCCUGACCUUCCGCAUCGCGGCUCGCAUCCUGCUGGGGCUCCGGCUGGACGAGGCGGAGUUCAAGGAGUUGUCGCGCACCUUCGAGCAGCUGGUGGAGAACCUCUUCUCUCUGCCGCUCAACAUCCCCUUCAGCGGGUUGCGCAAGGGAAUCAAGGCCCGCAAUCUUUUACACGACUACAUGGAGAAAGCUAUCACGGAAAAAUUGCAACGGAAGGAUCCUGAGGCUCACAGCGAUGCCUUGGAUUUCAUCAUCAACAGCGCCAAGGAAUACGGCAAAGAAUUCACCAUGCAGGAAUUGAAGGAGUCAUCAAUUGAACUGAUAUUUGCAGCCUUCUUCACCACUGCCAGCGCUAGUACUUCCAUGAUCCUUCUGCUCCUGCAACACCCCUUGGUGAUAACAAAGCUCCAGCAGGAGUUGGCAUCCCAUGAUCUUACCAAGCAAUGCCAUUGCUUUGCCACAGAGGGCUCUCCAACAAACCAGCCUUGCCAAGCGAUGCUCAUUGUCCCGGGAAAAGAGGACAACACUAAGGAUCUCAAGCUGCCCAUUCCACCAAGGGUGGAAGGAGAACAAGAGAAAGAAACCAAAGGGGAAGAGAAUGGUCCCCACUUGUAUUCUGUGGGUCAAGGAACCCAGGAGACCUUCCGUGGGACUACAAACAGCCCUUGCUCAGUUCCCAGGCAGAAAGAAUCAGGCCAGCUUCCCAGCAGCCUAGAGGGACCUGAAUGCUACUGCCAGCCCUACUUGACCCUGGAGAAGGUGGUCCGCCUGCGCUACUUGGAUUGUGUUGUCAAGGAAGUCCUGCGUUUGCUGCCCCCGGUGUCUGGAGGCUACAGGACAGCUUUGCAAACAUUUGAGCUGGAUGGCUAUCAGAUUCCCAAGGGCUGGAGUGUGAUGUAUAGCAUUCGGGACACACACGAGACUGCCAACAUCUACCAGAGUCCCCCAGACACCUUUGAUCCUGAAAGGUUUUGGGUAUCCCAGGAAGAACGCGAGGAACCCAAAGCUGCAAACCCUCACCGGUUUCACUACAUCCCCUUUGGUGGGGGAGUCCGGAAUUGCAUUGGUAAGGAACUGGCGCAGACCAUCCUUAAGAUGCUUGCCAUUGAACUGGUCAGCACAGCCCGCUGGGAGCUGGCCACUGCUCAUUUCCCUAAGAUGCAAACAGUGCCUAUUGUGCACCCUGUUGAUGGCCUCCAGCUCUAUUUCUAUCCCCUGAGAGCUGGGAGAGAGAGCGGCUGGACAAGCAAGACUGACACUUGAGAAGCAUAUCCAACAGUUAGAAGCAUCUCCAGCAUCUCUGCAGCAUCUUCCAGUUUUGUAGAACAGGGACAAAAUAUGAGUUCCUUCUAGCUGUAGUACUUCAAUGUGCAGAAGCCCCUUUCUUCCUGUUCAUUGGCUUGAAGGUACAGCUGGAGGAAUAGGAGGAAGUCCCUGUCUGUGGUCCCUAAUGAGUCUUCCACUAUCCAUUCUUGGGCAAAGAUGUGCAUCUGCAGUAUUAAUUACAGCUCCCUC